CGUUUGCUGGGCUUGAUCAAAUAGGGCAGCAAUCUGAUCUUCGUCCGUCCAAAUCAUUAAACUCAAAUCUGACCGUUCGUCUCAGCCAUCAAUCUGUCCAUUUAUCUCAAUCCACUAUCCUCCACCUGUUUCCAAAACCCCAGACAUCUUUUGUUGUGCCACCUGAAUCCAUGGCUCAUACAUCAGCGAGAAUCCAAUAUUUAGAAACUAGGGCUUCAUGUUUCCCAAAUAUUUUCCUCUGAUCUUCUAAUCUUGACGAUUUUGCAUUCAAGUUCCGAACUUUCUGACGAUUUUGGAACUCCGAGAUCCAUUUGCUUAGCCCAUGAAUGCCCAGUCUCAGAUCUUGCAAAACCGCCAAAACUACGCCGUUUGGCCUCCCCUUCCGCCACCGUUCCCGCCGGACCACAACCCUGUGUUCUCUCACCGGCCGGUAACUUUCAAUGGUCCGACGGAGACGACCAGCCAUCCGGGUCGGUCGAACUGGAGGGCGAAACCCGACAAGAGGAAGGAAUUUCGGCGAGCCGACCCGCUUGGGGCUCCGCUGGGUCCGGGAUACAAAUCCGCGAACCAGAGUGAUUCGCAGUUUCAGAAUCGAUCGAAAGGUCGAAGAUUUUACCCCAAGAAGAAGUUCAAUUCUCGAUUCGCUCCCUUUGCUCCGAGGAACACCACUUCGUUCCUGAUUCGCGCCAAGAAAUCCGGGGGUAUUGCGUCGUUGGUCUCGCCAUGUCCGGUCACACCGGCGACCCUCCCGACGCCGGUUUUCUCACCGGCGAGGGAGGAUUUGAUGGACAUGGCGAAGGAAGAGUGGGGUGUCGAUGGGUACGGCUCAAUGAAGGGUCUGAUUCGACUUCGUUCCGGGUCCUCUAAAGGCGAUGGAGAGGAUGCCGAUUCGGAUGACGGCGGUGGCGAAGCGUCUAGUGACAGCGACGUGGAAGAAGAGCGCGUGGAAGUUGAGAGGAAAUUGGACCACGACCUGAGAAGAUUCGAAAUGAUAUACCCGAACUCCAACGUCGGCGUCAGCGACGAUCAAACCAGUGUACUGGAGACCAGAGUGGACGAACAGGACACCCAUAUUUCUCAGCUGGAAGAAGAGAAUUUGACGCUGAAAGAGAAACUAUUUCUGAUGGAGAGGGAGCUGAGUGAAUUGAGGAGGAGGGUCGAGUGCUUGGAGACUGAUGGUGGGGUGGCGCCGGAGAAUGUUGCAGAGACCAUUAAUGACGACGCCGGGCACGAGGGUUCGGAAAAGAGCGUAGGAAACGGUAAUGGCGAGACUGAGGAAGACGGUGUUAGAGACUGA